GCAGUGGUGAAAUCACAUUUCACACUCGGGUUCAUUUAGUGUGGACGUCUAUUUGCAGCAACAAGACCUCAACAUGAGCAACCCCCAUGCUCCUCCCAAGGCCGGAGCCUCAGAGCUAGAGGUAAUCUCCCAGCAGGUGGAGGAGGACAACCAGUGCGUAGCCCCUGUCCAGCUGGUCAGCUUAACCUACAGAGACUUGCCUUUGGCCGCCCUAGACAUAUCCCUCGCUGGAUCCCAGCUCAUCUCAAACCCUGACGAAGAGGACAACAGAGAGGGGUCGAACUGGCUGAAGCCAUGCUGUGGGCGAAGGGCAGCACUGUGGCAGGUCUGUCUGCUGUCGGCGGGCUUCAACUGUUUCCUGGUGGCCUGUGUCAUUCUGGUGGUUGUGCUGCUGACGCUGGAGCUACUCAUAGACACCAAGCUGUUGCAGUUUAAUAAUGCAUUCCAGUUUGCCAGCAUCAUCCAUUGGAUCAGCCUGGCGAUUCUCUCUGUGUUCUUCACUGAGACGGUGUUCAGGAUCGUGGUGUUGGGGAUAUGGGAUUACAUAGAGAACAAAGUAGAGGUGUUUGAUGGAGCUGUCAUCGUCCUUUCUGUGGCCCCCAUGGUGGCCUCCACAGUGGCCAACGGCCCCAGCAGCCCCUGGGACGCUAUCGGUCUCAUCAUCACACUGCGCAUCUGGAGGAUCAAGAGGAUCAUUGAUGCCUUUGUGCUGCAAGUGAAGGUGGAGAUGGAGCUGGAGAUCCAACAGUAUGAGAAGGCCAAGGCGGUGAGGGAGGAGCAACUUGACCGUCUCACCCAGAUCUGCCAGGAACAGGCAUUUGAAAUCCGGCAGCUGAGGGCCCACCUGGCCCAGCAGGACUUGGAUCUGGUAGCAGAGCGUGAAGCAGCCAUGCAGAUCCAUCACAUGUGGGGUAAACAGAGCAGCAGUUUCCAGGAGGUGGACGGACUGGCCCCUGGGGCCUCUGACCAUCAUGGGCCAGCUAAAGCUAGAGAGCCCGGGGGACCUGCAGAUCACCACGGUCAAGACGACAUGAACAACUACAUCAGCCAGUACUACAGUGAGCCAAGCAGCGAUAUGGGGAUCCCAGACCCUGCACGUGUCAUCACCACAGCAGCCAUAGACGUGCACCUGCCAAACAACCCCAGCCAGCUUCCCCCCUCUCUGGUGAGUGCAGACGCAGUGCCGUCCAGUCGCUUGCAGCGCACGGGCAGCUCGGUCAGCGAAGCCUCCACCACCACGGUGUCCCGCAGCAGCUUCAGCGCCCGCCAGCACAGCAUCAGCAGCCACACGCUGGGCUCCACCACAGAUUGCAGCUCCACGGUGCGGGAGGCCUCCACCUCCACAGAUUACAGCGACCAACGCUGCUACCCUCCACCCUACAGCAGCCCUCUAGCCCUGGGCACUCAGCCGCGAGGGAGCCCCAGCGCUGUGAUGCAGGAGCUGCUCUCCUCUCUGACCGAGAACUCCUGUCUCACCCAGAAGGGCCUGGACCCUGUCAACCUUAAACCGCCCAGCCCGACAGGUUCCACCAAAACCAGCCCUGAGCUGGAGCAUAGGGUCAACAUCUACAACAAGAGGAACCAGGAGAGCAGAGUGGGGCUGCACUCCAAGCCUCUCAUCCAUCUGCAGGGCAACGAGCCUCUUCUAGAGGAGAAGUACAGGAUGAUGGAGUCAGUAGAAGCCCCUGUCAACCGUCUGUCAGAGACAUAAGAUUCUGCCUGACAUGUGGAACUUCACUGGACUCGCUCUUCAGAUCAACUGCAAAAAUUAACGCUUGACUAAACUCCGGUGUAGAUGGGAGUCACCGGCAUAUAAACAGUAUGUUUGUCAUCCUUUUUGUACUGUUGGGACUGAGAGGAUGAACUUGCCAGAGCAGCACAAAAACAGAGGGGAUGAAAGACUGGAGGAGGCAGAUUUGUUAUCAGGCACCACUUAUCAGGAAUUUCCCAAUUCACUCACAAAAACUUUUGAGUUUUAUGAAAAACAUUACCAAAAGAAACCAGCACCUGGGCUCAAGC